CACCUAAACGCUUUGUCGUUUAAUAUAUAUACACCUACUUGGCGCGUUUUUUUCUAUGUCGUCGUCGUCUUCUUCCUCUUCUACUAGUAAGCUUCAAUCUCUGUGAGAAUCUCUCCUCAAAUCCUCUCUCUGUGAUUCUAUAUAUAUUAUACGGUAUAUACUUGAAAAUGGGUUCGAGCGAAGAUCGGUAUGAGAUUGCAUUUUUCGACGUGGAAACGACUGUUCCGACCCGACCCGGCGUGGGCUUCGCCAUUUUGGAAUUUGGGUCUAUACUGGUUUGCCCUAGGAGGCUGGAGGAGCUGGAGAAUUACUCCACUCUGGUCCGACCUUCCGACCUUUCCCUCAUUUCCUCCUUGUCCGUACGCUGCAACGGCAUUACCCGUGACGCCGUCGUCGCCGCCCCAACUUUCAGUGACAUUGCUGAUAGGGUCUACGACAUUCUCCAUGGACGGAUAUGGGCAGGACACAAUAUACUGAGAUUUGAUUGUCCUCGGAUUCGGGAGGCAUACGCCGAAAUUGGUAGACCAGCACCAGAGCCUAAGGGUACAAUUGAUUCAUUGGCUUUGUUGACUCAAAAGUUUGGACGGAGAGCUGGUGACAUGAAGAUGGCCACCCUUGCAACAUAUUUUGGGCUUGGGCAGCAGACACAUAGGAGUUUGGAUGAUGUUCGGAUGAAUCUUGAAGUUCUAAAAUACUGUGCAACAGUUUUGUUCCUGGAGUCAAGCCUACCAGAUAUAUUUACCACAAAUAGUUGGAUUUCUCCAAAUGCUAUAACAAGAAGUCGUACCAGUAAUGGAAAAUCGUCUCCUGAGGGGACAAGCUUAAACGACAAUGUACCCUCAGCAAGUUUAAAUAAUGGAAAUAGGUCAACAUUAUCUUCUACAAAUCAAAUAAUGAUUGAGAAUCACCCAAUAUCAUCUUUUGUGGCUCCUAACAGAGAGGUCUAUAAUAUGGUUGAAUCUAAUCCACCUCAACCAGAUCCUUUUAAUAUGGCUCAACUUACAAGUGGAAUUAUGAUAGAGUCCCACUCCCACCAGACAGACAUUAACGUGGACGAGAGAUCCAUUUCGGUCUCUUCUGAUUUGUCAUCAAUUGCUGCUGUAAAUCACUGUAACAACACCUGUGGGGAAUUUAUUGAGCCUGAUGCAGUUUCUAUCCCUUUUAUCAGUGCAUGCUUUGUUCCAUUGUUUCGCGGGAGUAAGAAGAUCAAGUUGCUGCACAGAGAUAACACUUUGCAGCUUCGAUGUCCUCGUCUGAAAGUGCGUUUUGGAAUAAGUGCAAAGUUUGUUGAUCAUGCUGGACGGCCUAGAUUGAAUUUUGUUGUUGACGCAUCACCAAGUUUGUGGAGGGUUCUUGAUUCGUGCAAUGACAUUGUCCAAAAGAUGACUGUGGAAUCUGAGAGCAGCUCCGAAUGGAGACCUGUUGUGACUCGAAAAAUGGGCUUCUACAACUACCCAACAGUCAGAUUGCACAUACCAACCGCAGUAUGCGGAGAGAUUGCCAUAUAUGCCACAGAGAUCUAUCAAAAGGAAAGUAGUGGGUCUGUUCACAGGCUGGUAUUUAGUAAAUUUGAUGCUGCAGAGCUCAAUUCCUUGCUCCCUCCUGGAACCUUCGUCGAUGCAUUUUUCUCCUUAGAUCCAUAUGACUAUCAGCAGAAUGCAGGCAUUCGCUUGGUGGCCAAGAAAUUGAUCAUCCAUUCGAUUGAUUAAAGAGACGUGAACAAAAUCUGUGAUAUUUAUUUAGCAGGAUUAAUGAUUGUGCAAAACUUACAUCACGUGGACUGAUGCAAUGCAAGGGUUGUCUUUUUUUAUUUUUUUAUUUUCUUUUUAUAUAUAUAUAUUUAUUUAUUUUGUUCAUGCUAAUUACGUAGGGAUGGAAAAAGGGUACUGGUGGUUGAAAGAUGUAAUUUGGGAUUUAAUGUAUAUUCAUGUUGAUAAUUGAUCUUUUUCCUCAGUUUUAUAUAAUAAAUCAUUCAAUUAUUUUCU